CGACGGAGUUGCCUGGUUGCAGCGUGGGUGACACGCGUUCGCGUCGGCCCGGCCAGCUCGAUUCGAUUAAACCUCGCAGCUGCAGCCCUCUCACACGCCGCGAACGGGGUGAGACCUCGUGCCGCCGCCGCCGUGGCCAGUGGCUCGUUAUACCGAGCGUCAUCAUCCCUUCGCGCGUACGUCAGAGUUGCGUGAUCGCGAUUCGCGUCCCGACACCGUACACUUCGAGGACGAAACGUCGAAUCGUGCAACGAUCCGCGGCCGCCUCCCAUUCGUAACGUCGACACGCGGGUGCGAGAGAUAAUUGAAAGGAUCUCCUCGCGAAGGCUAUAAUUCUCCCCUGACCGUUUUCCGUCGUGCGCGUGAGAACGGCGCGAGAUGAAUAUACGCGCCGAUUGCGUUUCCACGAUCUCGUCGUCCUGAUGUGCCGAAAGCGCGGAUCCUGUGCAAAUCUCGCGAAUACGUGUCGCUGCAAGUUAAUUUAAAAGUUCCGGACUUCCCAGGAUAUCAAUUUCAUGGAUUGUCACUUUUUGCAUCAAGAACGGGGCUCGUUAGCGUGUCGAUUACGUGUCAGCAUCUUCGCGAAGCACGGCGGCUGCUCGAUGAUCGUCUUCCCUUGUCGAGAGGACGAAGAAGCCGAGGACGAAGAGAACGGUGAUUCGCGGAUAGACGGAUGUUUAUGUCACGAUCGGCGAUAUGUCGUGCGACAGAAGGGGACGAAUGGCGAACAGUUGUGAAAUGUCCCUGACAAGGGUAAACCGAUCGCGAAAUAUAACUUGAUAGAAGGGAACGACGGGACUCGCGGCGAGGAUCAUGCGGGAUUAUUUCUAAUCUCCCGUGACCCUGCGAAAGGCGCGACCACGACAGCAUGAUGUGGAAGGCGAAAUGGUCACGCUUCACCGAGUGCUUCUGCCGACGGCCCGGCCUCGUUCUGGUUCUGCUGCCAUGUCUGAUUAUCGUCACCCUCUACCUCGUUUCCGGCGACGAGUAUGAGUACGACGUACUACAGUAUCCGUCCUUCAAGUCGUAUAACGUCGCUGAAGGCACGGUGGACGGUUAUCUCGUAUGGAAUCCAAAAUGUCACAUGCUGUCCAAAAAGCCUUUGGAGCCGUCCAUCGCGAGAUUCGUGAGGAAGGAAAAACUGGAGAAAUGCCCGAACGAUCGCGUCCUCUCACAAGUUUCUAAGGAGCCUAACGGCAGCGUGUUUCUUUCCCUCGAUCCCACCAUAAAAAGCAUGUACAGCGACGUCGCUUGCUGCUGGUCGUCCGUAGUCAGGCCCAAGGUGGAUAAGCCCAAGAAGGACAAUUACGAUUCUACGAUAUCAGUCAAGCAGUGCGAGAACUUCACAGGACAGGUAGUGCUUCCGCGCGAAGUGGAGGUGGCAUACGUAUCGUGCAAGACGAAAUCGAAGCCCUGCAAGGCGAAGACGAAGACGGUGUACGAGAACGUUCACGCGAUCCUGAACCCGGAGAAGGUACGCGAACGCAUAGAUCACAAUGGCAGCCGGCCCGGAAAUUUUUCAAGGAAAUUGAGCGUGCUCGUCCUCGGCAUCGACAGCGUCAGUCGGCUGAACUUCUAUCGGGCCAUGCCGAAAACCGAGAGGUAUCUGCGCGAAACCGGCUGGAUCGGCCUGAAGGGCUACAACAAGAUCGGCGAUAACACAUUUCCAAAUCUGAUGGCAAUUCUGACCGGUCAGACGCCGCAACAAGCGUAUUCGCGAUGCAAGCCAACGGUGGCGUACAAGCUCGACAACUGCCCCUUUCUUUGGCACAACUUUCGCAAUGCCGGCUACGUCACGGCCUACGGUGAGGACGAGACCGUCCUCAACACGUUUAACUACCUCAAGGUCGGUUUCGUCGAGCCGCCUACGGAUUAUUACUUGAGACCCUACAUGCUGGCCAGCGAGAAACUCCUUAAAAUCAAGAAAAGAUUCAACAUGAAGUAUUGCACGGGUCCUGAGUUGAGCUUCGAACGGAUCUUCGACUACGCCGUGAAUUUUGCCCAAACCUUCGUCGACGUACCAUAUUUCGGUUUCUUCUGGACGAACACGAUCAGCCACGAUAACAUGAACGGUAUCUCGUCGAUGGACGCUCGCGUGUUGAAGAAAUUCGAAUUUCUAGAGCAGGAGGGAAUACUGAAUGACUCGAUGAUAGUCUUCCUGAGCGAUCACGGUAUGCGCUGGGGCGAGUUUCGCAAUACCUUUGUCGGAUGGUACGAAGAGAGAUUGCCGUACAUUUACAUCUGGCUGCCCGAGUGGUUCCGUCGGGAGAAUUCCGAGGCCCAUCGAGCCCUCGCGGUGAAUCAGAAUCGACUCACUUCGCCGUUCGACCUCUACGAGACGCUACGAGAUGUUCUUACCAUCGGUGGUGGCGAUGCCGAUUCGAGUCCGGGAUGCCCCACCUGUCAGUCCCUCUUCGCACCUGUUCCCAGAGAGAGAGGCUGCCAAGACGCGGGUGUGGUUUAUCACUGGUGCACUUGCACGGCCUUCAAGUCGAUUAACGUCAACGACAGAAUCGCUACCGGUGGCGUGCAGAAGUUCCUGGAUCAUGUUGAGAGCAUCGUGAAGAAUUACAAGGACAAAAGAGGCCGGCGGCUGUGCGCGCGGCUCAAGCUGAAGAAGAUACACCGGGUGGACCAGGUGAUUGAUUUCGGCACGGAUAAUUCGUCCAGCAUCGCUUAUUUUUAUAUGAUUCAGACGGCACCUGGUAACGGUAAUUUCGAGGUAACCAUCAGGUACCACGGCGACGGCAAUUACACUCUAUCCGAUAGCGAAGUUAGCAGAAUCAAUCCUUACGCCGUGAGCGCCAGAUGUCUGAACCGCGGUAUGAAGCAGUAUUGUCACUGCAUGAAGUAAACGAACUUAUCAAAGGUUUGGCUUUAUACGCGUCUUGUCGUAACUUUGUACAAUACUUCAUUAGUAUUUUGUUAAUUGAGUCCGAUAAAUCGAAUCGAUCAAAAAGUUAAUUCUUUUUAAAGCUAGAAGGCCUAUAACUGACUUAAAAAAACGCAACUCCCAAAUUGAAAAUACAUGGCGGUGAAAAGUAUUUGUAGUUACUUUAAGGGUACAAUUAAUUUUGAUGCUUGAAAUGCUUUGAAAUAGUCUUUGAUUGAUUCAAUUCGGAAAAUUUUUUCUUCUGAUUCAGACAAUACUUCGAAGUAUUUGUAGUAAAAGUUUGACCGCGCUCUAAAUAACUUUUCUGAAACAUAAUACCUCGCGAUGCGUUUGUAUGAUGCAUCGAAACAAGUUUUUACUUUUGUGAUACGUCACGUGUCUUCUCCGCAACGAUCGAUUGGAUUUAAUACAUUACUUUAUUAAAUAUGUAAAUCAUGCAAUUUUGAAUCAAUUAUUGUUCAACACGUAAAUGUGUGUGGCACAAUUCUAUUGAUAUGCUUGGUACAUAUCAAAUAUAAAUUGAUUGCCUCAUCUCAAGGAACUAGGGACCUGAGUGUGGAAAUACAUUUCAAACACACACACACAUACACACACACACACACGCACGCACGCACGCACACACAUAUAUAUAUAUACAGGGUAUCCCAAAAAGGUCGGGACCUCAGAAUAUCUCAAAAAA